UUCUUUUUGUGUUUUGCAAAGCGGGAUGUCUGGGCUCUGUGUUUCCGGUAUUUCUGGUGUUUGGUGGUUGGGAGCUGCGCUGCUUGUGAAUAAAGAUGCAGCAAAGAGAAGAGAAGCAGUUGGAGGCGUCUGUGGAGUCUCUGAUUUCUCGCGUUGCACAUCUGAAGAAUUCUCUGCAGAGCUUCAUCUAUAAGCUGGAAAAUGAAUAUGACAGAUUAACAUGGCCUUCAGUGCUGGACAACUUUGCCCUUUUGUCAGGGCAGUUAAACACAGUGAAUAAACUGUUAAGAAAUGAGAAAACUCCAUCUUACCGGAACCAAGUCAUCAUUCCUCUGCUGCUGUCGCCAGAUAGAGACGAAGAUUUAGCGAAACUCACAGAGCAGAGGGUGCCUGUGUUCAGUCAUGAGAUUGUUCCGGAUCACCUCCGGACAAAACCGGACCCGGAAGUGGAGGAGCAGGAGAAACAGCUGAGUGUAGAAGCUGCCAGGAUUGGACCUGAAGUAGCUCAGAAACAGAUCCAGACUAUGAAUAAACUGUGUUCGAGUCUGUUGGAGAAGCUCAACAAUCCUCGUGAUGAUCGAGAGGCAGAAACUGCAGCUAUACGGCAGAACAAACCCUCGUUCAACCCGACAGACACCACAGCCCUGGUGGCAGCAGUGGGCUUCGGGAAGGGGCUUUCUAAAUGCAGACCCCCCGGCCCUGUCAACACCGGCCAUCCCGGUCAGCCCAUGAUGACGGGCGGACCCACACUGCAGCAGGUCACCAUCGCUGGCACCUCUGGGCACCAAGCGGGCAUGGGGGCAUCAGUGGCUCAACAACAGCCUGGACAACCUGGAAAAAUGCCGAGCAGCAUUAAGACGAAUAUCAAGUCGGCCUCUGGUUCAAUGCAUCCUUACAACCGGUGAGGGGCUGGACUCUAACUGAACCCUAAAUACUUUACUUUCUCUCUUUCUUUUUCUUUCUUUUUUUUCCAGUUUUUUUGUAUUUUUGCCUGAUUUAUUGAAUGGGUUUCCAAAUAAAAGAUUUGCUUAAACAAAA